UUGAGCCGCACAGGUGCAGCUGUAAACAAUAACAUGAGGACAAAGCUGAAGUUGUGUUACUUCGUAUUAUAAUUGAGACUGCCGGUUAACACGUCGUCCUCUCUGUUACCGUGUUUAUUCCGGAUCAUACCCGUCCUCCGUGUGCUCUUGUUCGGCCAUGUUGUUCCUCAGAACUGCGGCUCUCAGAUGGAGAGGUCUGGCCGCUCUGCGCUGCGUGCCUUCCGGCUUCACCACCUCCAGAACCACCGUUACAUAUAUCCAGGGCCAGAGCCCGGAACCACGUAUCCGAGAGUAUUUCUACUACAUUGACCACCAAGGACAGCUUUUCCUCGAUGACACUAAAGUGAAGAACUUCGUCACCUGCUUCAAAGAUAAGCAGUUCCUGGUCUUCUUCUUCAGUCGGCUGCGGUCAAAUCAAAGUGGUCGUUACGAGGAGGACUUCCCCUACUUGUCCCUGUGUGGCAGGGAGAGGAACUUCCUGCGCUGCGAUGAUCGUCCUGUGGUCUUCACCCACCUGCUGCAGAGUCCCGCAGAGACGCCGGGAAUCAUGGGAGAUCAGGAGCUGCUGUCGUACUGCGGCGGGGCGGAAAAGCUGUCCGUCCCGUUCCGCCCUGAAGCGCUGUACAUGCAUCCUGUCACUGGACGAGUUUACCACCCCUGCUCAGAGCGCGGAGGGGGGGUCGGCCUGGUCAGGUCGGCUCUGGCCAUCGAGCUCAGCCCAUUCUUUGUGUACGCUCAGGGGGACGGCCAAUCAGCUCAGCCUACACACUUUCUCUGGGGAGGACAGAAGCACACACUGACCAAUGAGCUUGCAGGAUGCCUCCCCUCUGCAGAGGAGGGCAGCGGCCAGCAGGGAGACCUGGGAUAAUGAGCACAACCGGUCAAACGUGUGCCUUAGAUUUUGAGAAGCUGUCCAGAUCACUGUCCCACACAGGCAGUGGGAAGAGACAGCUACUCGCUCACAGCCGUGAUCACAAUGUGACUGUUACCUUUGAAGCCUGGGCCAAUGUGACCACUUGUCCUAAUUUAUGUGAUGUGUGAUAAGCGGACGGUCGGAUUCACUGAUGAUGCAGUUUCAUUAGCUGAAGCAGCUGCUCCCCUUAGACACAACAGUGUCUUCUUACAUCCCAUCAUGACAGGCUGCAGUUCAAACACAUUUUCACUUUAGAUUCCCCGGAUUCAUCUCAAUCAUAUUUAUGGCUCUGACAAGGCGUAACUAUCCAGUAUGUCACAGUAAAAAAGAAAAGUUAAUCAUCUCAGAACGUGUUCUGUUUGACACCCUGAGCUCAGGUUGGAGAGCCUGGUGCUAGACCGGUGCAGAGACAGUAAGAGGCUGAAAGCUGCUCUUUUUUUAAUGUUGUGACACAAAUUCACGGUGGCACUCUGCAUGUUGAAAGAGAAGAUUCAGUCACAUGCAAAUCAGAUUCUUAGAUCAGCCCAAAGUAAACAGUAAUUACAGCAGAUCUGCUGAAGACAAGAGAGCAGUUUACUGAAGCACACUGAGUAGCCUGCAGAUCUUUAUACAUCAAAUAACAAUAUAUGUGUGUUAUAUAAGUUGUCUGUAUAAAAACAAGUGUCUGCUUUGGCGAAUUUACAGAUGUCUGCAGCUGGAUUUGGCUCUAUACAAACUUAAACAUGGUUGUAUUACUGUACUUACAUAGAAGAUAAUAAUAUGAAUCAAAUAGUAUUUAAUUUUCUUGAAAUAUGAUCGACAGAAAACAGAAUUUGACCUUUUAAUAUUUAUUUCUGUGCAUGCCACCAGUUUUUGGCAAAAAACAACAACGUUAUGACAAGUACUUCAGAAUAUAAGACUGAAUGUAUGAUCCUUUGAUUAAAGUGAC